AUGACGGCGGUAUUCAAAUUACAAUUUUUUAUCAUUAUCAUCGUCUGUUUCCAUUCAAAGUUUUCUUAUGGCUUCAAAUUGCCGUACAAUGGUGUUAAAAUAGUUACAUAUGGCGAGCCAUGUCAAUCACUACGUUAUCUACCUGUUUCAAUUGAGGAACCUGCGAAGCCUGUGACGGAAUUUGUUCCAUCUAAAUCUUGCGAUUAUCAACCACUGAAAUUAAAUUAUCAAGUUAUCUCUUCCAAGCCGAUCCCUUAUCAACCGCGAAUGGAAUAUCCAAUUUUUGUACAAGUACCUCAAGUGCCACAGCCCUCGGAAAUAAUUACGCCGGAUCUUCUUCAAAGGAAAUCUUACGCAUACAACAUCCAGGCUCUAUCACCUCCGUCUGUGCCAAUUUCGAGGAGAUACGAUUUCGAUUUUCAAGUGCCAUCUUCACCUUCACCAGUUUCAGUGCCAACGCCACAAUCUGUUAAUCUUUUAACCGGCCUCACCAGUAAAAUCGACAGAAUUUUAAUCCCCGCCUGCCAAGUGACAUCUAGCUGCUGUAAUACGGCAUAA